GCUUGUGAUGCGUGUCGAAAUCGGAAGACCAAGUGCAAUGGCAGCCGCCCAUCCUGCCAACAGUGUUGCACACGAGGACUCGCCUGCAUAUAUGCCGCCGAACCAGAUGCACCUCCGAUCGUCGCACUCAAACGCAAACACGAAGCAUUAAAGCGUCAAAGUUUGGGCGAACAUGAGGUAAUUAGUCGCCUCAAAUCUGUCUCUGACCGCGACGCCCAGCGCAUGCUAGGCUUGCUUCGCGCAGGCGAAGACAUCGAUGCGGUUUUGCAACUCGCUCAGGGACUGAAGGAUCUACCA